AUGGCAGAUUUGGAAGCGGUUCUUGCAGACGUAAGCUACUUGAUGGCAAUGGAAAAAUCAAGAAGUCAACCGGCCGCGCGAGCAUCCAAAAAGAUUAUAUUACCCGAUCCGAGGCAUUUUUCUUGUUAUCAUAAGAAAAUAAUUAUGAGAAAAUUGACAAAACCUUUUAUUAAAUAA